UGCUUUGGAAUUCACCCCCUUGUUGCUAUAACACCCUUAAAAUUUGAUCGAAAAACUGUCAAAAAUGGCCGAACGUAUCAUCCCCCUAAGCACCACUUUAGUCAAAUACGACAAUCCCGUCCUUGUUACGAAACAUGAGGAGAAAAAACCAGCCCUUGCCAAGGAGCGUUCGGGUGAAGAAUCGCACACUAGGGCGAAAUCAGCGGCGAUUUUAACCGACGCACGGCGUGAAACUGAAGAAAUUCUUAAUACGAUCCUCCCCCCCAAAGAAUGGGAGGAAGAAGGCCAGCUGUGGAGGCAGAAUGUCUCCACCACCCCUGCAACGAGGCUAGACGUUAUCAACUUGCAGGAGCAGCUAGAUAUGAGGCUACAACAGCAACAGGCGCGCGAGACUGGCAUAUGCCCCGUCCGACGCGAGUUAUAUACACAGUGUUUCGACGAAAUCAUCCGACAAGUGACAAUCAACUGUGCCGAGCGUGGCCUACUGUUACUACGCGUUCGGGACGAAAUGCGCAUGACAAUUGAAGCCUACCAGGCCUUGUAUUGCAGCAGUAUUGCGUUUGGAAUGCGAAAAGCGCUACAAGCAGAACAGGGGAAGUCCGAUUUGCAGCAGGAUGUUGAUGAUUUGAAGCGGGAAAAACAGGAAUUAGAGCAUCAAAUCAUUGAAUUGAAGCAAAGGGCGGAACAAGCCGACCGUAGAGCGGCCGAAACGAGACUAGCCGAAGAGAGAAAACAUACCGAAGAAAUAGCCUUCUUGAUGAAAACUAACCAGCAAUUAAAAACGCAACUCGAGGGCAUCAUAGCGCCGAAGAAAUAGUACAAUUUCUUUUAUUUAAUAAAGUUUUUUCACUCUU